AUGUCGGCUGGGGCCCUACUGCUACUGGCGACGGAGCCGCUCGCCCGCGCGGAUGUGCUGGCCGCAGCGACCACGACAAUUCGUACCCGGAGCCGGGAGAUGCGGAACUUCGUGUCCGUCAGCAACGUCGUGGACGACCAGGCUCGCGCGCGGCUGUUUUGGGGCAGCCUAAAGGUGGAGUUAUGUUGUUUCGGUGUGAGAAUCAGGCGGUAG